CAUCUGAGCCUCAACUCUAAAUCGCCUCGAGACGUACUAUAUCGUCGAAUUGAGAAAUUUCAAUUCCGCUAAGCAUCCCGUUGCCACGAAACCAUCAACUGAACAUUGGCCGCCGUUGCGAUGACGUCAAAUAUGGAAAUGGCCCAUUUGGACCACUUUCCACUGUUUAGUCGAGUUUCGUCCUCGCCUGUCGGCGGCUUCACGGUGAUAAGGUGGACCGAAAACACUCGUUCCACACUGACCUCAACGAGAAUAAGGCCGACGGCUCCGAGUCUAUCGACAGUGUUGAUAAAGGCUGAUAAACAAAACGGAUGAACGUCGCCCUUUCUACACGUCGAGGUAAACAUCUAUGAUUGCGAGUUUUCGUUCAUCGUCACAAGCAUCUGGUUUAAGCACCCGCCAACAUGUCAUUUUAUCUUCCUUCCUUUUCAGCACCGCCCUCAAGGCCGGGCUCGUUGGCAGCUUCAAGAGCCAAUUCUUAUUAUGCUCGUAGUCGACCAAACAGCAGACCCGUCACCCCACGUGGUAUCUCGACCGCUCCCACAACGCCGGUCAACCUGACAAGGCAAAACAGUAAAGUAAGCGAAGAGGACGAGGAUCAAGUCGACACCCCAGAAACCGAUCUCAGCUCGGAAGUCGUCCGCAAUGAAAAGGGUGAACCCAUGAUCGGAAGGAUUGUGGGCGGAAAACAUGUAGACGCAGAGAACGAAGACAUCGAUGCAGACUGCGGUCCCAUAAAGACCGUCGAGGUCGACAUGCCCUUGACGUUGACUGAGUUGGUCAAGCAUAACGAUAAGGAGUAUAUCGUCCUCACUUUCGCGACAGGCGACAAGGAGAACCCCUUCAACUGGAAUCCGUGGUAUAAACGAAGCAUCACGACCAUGCUCAACUUGAUGACACUGUUCAUCGGUCUUGCAACGACAGCUUACAGCUCUGGUAUCAACAGCAUGUGCGCGGAAUUCGGAGUUCCUACCAUCAUGGGACAGCUUGGUUUAUUCACUUUCAACAUUGCUUGCGCUGUCGCACCCAUGAUUCUGGCUCCCUUCUGUGAGCUUGUCGGCCGAAAGAUCGUCUACGCAGGUGCUUUCCUAUGCUUUGACCUCCUGUUCAUCGGAUUGGCUCUGGCAAAGGACAUCAACACUAUCAUCGGUCUCCGCCUCCUGCUUGGUCUCUUCGGCUGCGUUGGCACGAUUCUAGUCGGAGGAACUUUCGACGAUAUGUACGAGCCCCAUAAGCGCGGCCGACCUAUGGCCCUUUUCAGUUGGGUUGCCAUUUUCGGCACUGUCGCCGCUCCCAUCUAUGCCGGCUUCAUCGACCAGGCUAUUGGCUGGAGAUGGAUUGAGGGUAUCCAGGGGUUGGCAAACGUUCCCCUCCUCAUUGCCAUCGUUUUCGUCUUCCCCGAGACCAGAGGUGGAGCUAGGCUGCACAAGCGAGCCAAGCAGCUCCGCAAGGCCACCGGCGACGAGCGCUACGUUGCUGAGGACGACAUUUAUACUCCUGACAUCAAGUCCAUGUUGAAGGCUUCUUCCGUCAAGGCCAUCAAGAUGCUUGCCACCGAGCCUGUCGUAUUUGCGUUCGGUCUGUGGAUUGCCUUCUGCUGGGCUGUCGUCUUCUUGUUCCUGUCGGUCAUCCCCAUCACUUUCUCCGAGAAGCGUGGCUGGUCUGAGGGUGUUAGUGGUCUCCCCUACAUCUCGCUCGCUGUUGGUACUACUCUAGGUUGGUUGGCACACCACCUCCAGAUGAACAAGUACAAUAAGCUCCAGGAGGACGAGAACAGAAAGGUCGUCCCCGAAGACCGUCUAUACGGUGCCAUGUACGGCGCCGUAUGGCUCCCCAUCGGCCUGUUCAUCUACUCCUUCACUCAGUACGGAUACCUGUCCUGGGUCGGUCCCGUCAUCGGCCUCGCGCCCAUCUCUUUCGGUAUCUACUUCGUCUUCGAGAGCACCUACAGCUACACGGCGGACUGCUAUGGCGAGAGCGCCUCGUCGGCUAUCGCCGGUCAGGGUCUGAUGCGAAACACGCUUGGUGCCGUCACCCCGCUGUUCGCCAGUGCUUUCUUCCAUAAUGUCGGUAGUCAGUAUGCCGGUCUGAUUUUGGCGCUGUUUGGUACCUUUUUGAGUAUGAUCCCGUUCGUCAUGUUCAAGUAUGGCCAUCAGCUCCGCGCUCGCAGCAAGUUGGCCAAGGAGUACUAAACGCCAAUGCGAUGAGCAUUGGAAAGUUGUGUUUUGCAUGUAAAUUUCGCUUUUCUAGCAUAGAGAUAUCCAAUAACGGAAGUGUAGGCAUAAAGAAAUAAAAGCCUCUCUGCAACACUGAGCGCGCGGCA